UAAUAUUUAAUGAGUGAUUAACUCAAAAACUAUUAUAGUAAUUUGGUAAAUCAUAAGUUCAAAAGAGUAGUAUCAAAGUAAUAUGCAUUGUGUUUUUGUAGAAACCAUAGGUACUUUUUUUGUAAAGUUUUCCAAUAUUUCCCAUACAUGUACUCUAACUUAUUUUUAACUUCUGUGGUUCCUACAGUAUUUGUCAUUCAUACGUAUUAGUCAUUUAUGUGUGACUUACUGUCAUACGUAUUAAAUCGGUGUGAGCCGAGGUUUCAGUGUUUGUCCAGCUGUACUACAUAGCAUUGGAUCAUCAAUGUUACUAACAAAUACUGUUUCUAUGUUUGUUGCGACAGAGGGCGCUUUGAGGCUCAGAAACCCAUACCAUCAUGAGCAGCAUUCACAUUUUUUUUUAAUUCUUGGGAAACGUUAGUAAAAUAAAUGUAUAACAGAAGUAUUUUAAUUCUACGUAUCGUUUCCAGACGUAGAAAUUAAAACGUGCCCCAGGACGUCUAUGAAAUGAAUACAACUAUUUGAAAUUGUGUAAUCACAACGAUUGUGAUUGGUCUAUCUUGGCAAAUCGAUGAAAGAGGUAACAUAAGUCACAUGACCGCAUAUUUGCGCAAAGAUGAUGCAAAAAACGUAUUCUCACCUAUAUAAUCACAGUCACACUUCAAUAUACAAUGGGUUGAAAAUACACAAAGAUUUAUAAAAAAAAUUAUAAUUUAAUGCAGUUAUAAGUUAACGUUCUUAACCAAUCAGAGAAACCGUCUGGGCCAAAAGACCACACCCAUUUUAUUAUCCGCGAUUUAGAUGUACUUUCCAUUCUAGCCAGUUUUUUUGCAAGGCAAGCCUGAGACGCAUUGACAUGUUGUGUCAUGAUUACUCAUCAGCGACAGCAGCAGGCAGCAGGCGGCUCCCCUCGUGUGUUUACAGCCGCUGCACUGACGCGUCGCGUUGGGUCGCGUCGCGUCGCGUCUCAGCCCACUUUCUGCUUCAUAGGAAUGGAAAACAAACGUAAAAGUUAAGUUCCAGAUGACGCGGCGUGCAUCCGUGAACUAUGUCUAAGAAAGUCGAUUACUGGCACUGUAGUCAAAUUAUUAUUUAUGAUCAUGGCGGCGUCGCAGCGCGCGAGAAACUCUGAACUUAAACAGAUCGAAACAUGGAAGCGUCACGUUAUCAGACAGCUGAAAUAUCGCAACAGGACCCAGACGAGCGUCUUCCAGGAUCUCAUACAGUCAUAUCACAGUCUGCUGGAGAAGUCCAAGCAAAGAGCCCUCAUAACCAAAGGCAUUCUGGGAUCAGGGUCAAGACCCUCACUUACAGAAGAUUCGCUGACAUCUCUACAAACAACCACCGGGGAGCUUGCGUAUCAAGUGGUGGAACUGCAGCAGAGAAUCCAGAUAAAGGAAGUGACACUGGAUGAACAGCACACCAAGCUAUAUGAGGUCCAAAACUAUCUCAGUGAUUUGGCGUCAGAACACAGCGUGCUUCAGAAAAGCGUGGCAGAGGUACAGACUAGAAACCGACUUCUGAAACAAGAAUAUGAUUCUCUGCUGGAGCAGCACCAGAACAUGGAGAGGACGUACCGACAAGAGAAACUCCGCAGCUCCGAGAUCCUGGAGAACAUGAUCCUUCCAAAACAGCAGGCUGCUGUCCGCAUGAACCAUCGCAAUGAGAAGAGAGUGAGAGCCAGAGAGGCCAGUCUUCACAAAGAGCUUCAGAUGGCUGCCAGUAAGAACGUGAAUAUUAUUGAAGAGUCUGGAAAUAUGUCACCUCCCAGACCAUCGUCCCCUAAAAGUGACUCUUCAGAGAGGCUGGAGAGAUCCCACGGGCCACUUUUCAGGUCUGCUUCAGCUACAUCUCCGCGCAUCAUCAGCUCCAUCAGAGGACUUUUUGAGAGGAAGAUAAGAGGUAAAUCAGUUUGCAGAUCAGAGGAAGACCUCUAUAUACCAUUAGGAGUCUGUCUGGUUGCCAGAGUCCCAACAAAGGCAAUUUUUACAAUGGAUGCUCAUGAGCUGGGAAUCAAUGCUGUGAGGUUCAGUACCAGUUCAAACCUACUGGCUACAGGAGGAACUGACAGAGUCAUCAAACUGUGGGGCAUUGAAGCAGGAACUCUUCAGAACAAAGGGACAUUAGAUGGAAGUAAUGAGGGGAUCACCAGCAUUGAGUUCGACCCGACGGGCACUCGGAUUUUAGCUGCGUCAUAUGACAAGUCGGCUCUAUUCUGGAGGCUAGAGGACAGCGUUCCCAAGGUUACAUUGACAGGUCAUUCUCGUAAAGUGACAGCAGCCAGAUUUAAAUACAGUCAGAGGCAGGUGGUCACGGGCAGUGCGGACAGGACUGUGAAGAUAUGGGACCUCCAGCGAGCAGCGUGCAUACAAACCAUUGAGGUUUUGUCUUUCUGUAGUGAUGUUGUGUGCUCCGAGUACCUCAUCAUCAGCAGCCAUUAUGACAGAAAAAUACGCUUUUGGGACAGCAGGGCAGGCACUUGCACACAGGAAGUGCCUCUUCAGGGCAGAGUGACGUCACUGGACCUCUGCCCCAACCACAGGCAGCUGCUCAGCUGCUCCAGGGAUGACAUCCUGCAGCUGGUUGACCUGAGAAAGAGUAACGACAGGGUGGCCUUCAGAGCGGAGGGAUUCAAAUGUGGAAGUGACAGCACCAAGGCCAUCUUCAGUCCGGAUGGCAGUUUCCUGGCAGCUGGCUCUGCAGAUGGUGCCGUCUACAUAUGGAAUGUGAACACAGGAAACCUUGAAAAACGGCUUCCUGACAUGCACAGAGCUUCAAUAAGCGCUGUGGCCUGGUCGUUGUCAGGUGAAUAUGUGGUAAGCGUGGACAAGAGCCGUCGUGCUGUGCUCUGGAGCGAUAUCUGAGACCAGACACGGGCUGCCUUUUUCCAUCUUAUCAACUGAAGACACUCCUGGAAAUGCACUCAGGGAUGUCAUCAAAACACAACCUUGUUGGGAAAGCUCACACUCUGCACUCCGUCAAUAGCAGGAUCCUUAGUAUUGUGACAGUCUUUGUUGCUAAGAGGCUGUGUCAUCCAAAACGCAGACAGAUGUGCUAAUGCUACAGGGGUCUGGCGACUGUUGAGCAGAGCUGUCUGGGUUUUGUUUUGAAACCUUGUUACAGAUGAAUUACCGAUGCAGAAUUUGCCAAAGCGUUUGUAGGCCUUCCUAUUGCUUGACUUCGAACUAUAAUUGUCAGCAACUUUAAAAUCUGAGACCUCUUGCCGUACGCCAGAUAUUGCUGCCUGUGGGAUUUGAUAUCAAAGGGAAACAUGAACAAAAUGGAUUCAGCCUGUUUUAGGAACAAGACAACACAUUUCUGAAUAUGUGGAAACUCGACCCCAAUGGAUUCGCAUUUCAGUCCUAUUUUUAGAGACCAAAACACAGAACAGACACAAAAUUGAAGGCCUGGUAAAAGGCCAUUGUAUAUUGUCGCACAAUGACACAGAUUCUUGAAUACAGUAUAAAAUGAGAUAUAAAUAUUAUACUUUCGUUCAAAACUGUGGGGUCAGUAUUUUUUUAUGAAAUAAGUGCUGAUAUUCAGUAGAUCAAUAGUGACAGUAAAGACAUUUACAAUGUAAAAAGAUGUCUAUUUUAAAUAAAUUCUGUUAUUUAAAAAAAAAAAAACAAUUGUUUUCACAAUAAUAUGAACUUCAAACUGUUUAAGUUAAUAAGAAAUAUUUCUUAGAAUGAGAUCUCAAGGAUCAUGUGAUGCCUAAGACUGGAGUAAUUGGCUGCUGAAAAUGUAGCUUUGGCAAUAAAAUACAUUUAAAAAUAAAAUAGAAAACCAUUCUAUUAAAGUGUAAUAGUAUUUUACACUAUUACUUUUUUGCUCUUUUUCUUUUUUUUUUU